UAAGCACGUCAAUUAGCCGACUGCUAGGGAUGUCUGGGACUUGUAGUUGUUCAGUCUUCACCUCGCAUGGCCGUGACACUUCCCACAAACAGGCCUUUACAGAUUAAAGAUGGCGCCCUCGCAUACACUGAGGUGCUGCAAACGGGCUUUUAACUGGAUACCUGUCCUUUUUAUCAACCUGGUCGUGGGCUGGUCUUACUACGCUUAUGUAGUAGAGCUUUGUGUUUACACAAUCACAAACAAUGCAGAGCGAAUCAGUUACCUGAUCAUCUUCCACAUUUUCUUCUUCAUGUUCAUAUGGUCUUACUGGAAGACCAUCUGCACAAGACCAGCUGAACCAUCAAAAGUGUUCACCCUGCCGAGAGUGGAGAAAGAACAGUUUGAAAGAGAAGAGCAAGCGGAGAUGCAACAGGAAAUUCUGAAGAAGGUGGCGAGGAAUUUACCCGUGUACACGCGCACAGCAGGAGGAGUCAUCCGAUACUGUAGCCUCUGCCAGGUCAUCAAACCAGACCGCUGCCACCACUGCUCCACCUGUGAGAUGUGUGUGCUCAAAAUGGACCACCACUGUCCCUGGGUGAAUAACUGUGUUGGCUUCUCAAACUACAAAUUCUUUAUCUUGUUUUUGGCAUAUGCUUCACUCUAUUGUGGAGUCAUAUGCGCUACAGCCGUCCAGUACUUCAUCAAAUUCUGGUCUAAACAUCUUCCAAACACGCACGCCAAAUUCCACAUAUUGUUUCUGUUUUUUGUGGCGGCGCUGUUCUUCAUCAGCAUCCUGUCACUCUUCAGCUACCACCUCUUCCUCAUUGGCAAGAACAGGACCACCAUAGAGGCUUUUCGGGCCCCAGUGUUUGCAAAAGGGCCAGACAAAAAUGGAUUUUCUCUCAGCUUCAAGCGGAAUUUAGCUGAGGUGUUUGGGGAUGAAGCGAAGCACGUUAUAUUUCCUGUUUUUUCCAGUCUGGGUGACGGGCAUUCAUUUGUAACCAGACUGAUGCACAUCGAUCCUGAACAGGCCAACAGCGUCUUGCAACAAAAUGGCAAAAGUCUUUCUAAUGAGGAAAUAAGACCAAACGUGCAGGCCGACAAUACACAACACAAACUGGGUGACAAGGAGGAGAAUGGAGGAGUCCAGAUAGUGUCCGUGGCCAUGGAAAGUGAGCCAUAGAAGCUGACCUCACACGCUGCCUUGACCAUCAGCAUGUCCAUGGGAGCCAUCAUCUGUCCUCAACUAGGCUUCUACAGUCCCAAUGUUUAAAAAAAAAAAAAAAAAAAAAAAAAAAAUAUUUCAAAUUAACUUGGUACUACAAGGGUGUCAUCACGACCUCUCGACUGCUGCUGUCUGAUUCAGAGGUUUGCAUUUGUUGUAGUCCAACAACAUUGACAUCAAACUGGUGAUUUACUCUACGAGCCAGUGUGUGUAUUUAAUAUCACUGAUUAAGUCACAUAAUAUGCAUUAUUAUACUAGCAUAAUUAAGUGCAACUCAUGUUACUUGAGCCUCAAUACACACUUAAUGGAUCAGCAGUGAUGAAUGCUGCCAACCAUAUGUGCAAUAUGUCCAAGAAGAUUCAGCACAGUGAAUUGCUUUUUUUGCCUUUUAUUUAUUUAUUUACUAAAGUCAAAUUAUUUUUGUUUACAGUGUUAUUUGGGGAAUUUUAUAAUGGGGACUGAAUAUUUCAGCUUAACGUGUGAGAUCUAAAUCAGGUAAAUAUGUUUAACAUUAUGGGUACUAAUGACUUCCACUGCACUAUUAAUAUUUGUAAAUUAUGUCCUUAUACUAUUUGUAACUGUUUGUAUCCUUAAAUAUUAUAAAGCACAAUGUGUUGAUUUUAUUACA